AGUGACCCGACGAGGCUUAGGAAUUGGCAUAUCUGCGGUGAAAUCUUCAGAGGAGGUCGAAGGGGCUUGGUGGGCAGGGAUGAUUCUGAUGGACGACUUUGGCUGAUCUCCUUGCUGCGUUCCUUGUUGCGUUCUGCUCAUCAUGGGUCAACGACAGUCCACAAACAAUGCUCCCCAAGACGAGCCUCCUGCAAAGGCCGACUACUAUGAGCUGUUGGGUGUUGAGCGAACUGCGACUGACGAUGAGAUCAAGAAAGCCUACCGACGCAAAGCCCUGGAGUUACAUCCCGAUCGAAACUACGGCAAUGUCGAACAUGCCACCAGUCUCUUCGCUGAAAUCCAGACCGCCUACGAAGUCCUCUCCGAUCCGCAGGAACGAGCAUGGUAUGACUCUCACCGCGACAUCCUCCUCCGAGGAGAUCAAGCCACCGGCCCAGACGCGGACGAGUUCUCCUACAACAUUCGUAUGACAUCUGCGGACGAAGUACUCAAGUUGAUGGUAAAAUUCAAUGGCCGCUUAGACUACACCGAUGCUCCAAGCGGUUUCUUUGGUGGCUUAAAUGACUUUUUCAAACAGCUGGCGCAAGAGGAAGAUAUUGCUUGUCAAUGGGAGGGUCUGGAUGCCGUCGAAUAUCCCGAAUUUGGUCUGAAAGAUGACGACUACGAGGAUGUGGUGCGACCCUUCUACGCAGUCUGGAACGGUUUUGCUACGAGAAAGAGUUAUUCUUGGAAGGACCAAUACCGCUUGUCGGAUGCUCCAGAUCGUAGAAUCAGACGGCUGAUGGAGAAGGAGAACAAGAAAUUGCGCGAAGAAGCCAGUCAGGAAUACAACGAAGCUGUGCGAUCCCUUGUUGCCUUCGUGCGAAAGCGAGACCCCCGAGUACAGAACAAUCAAAAAUCAGAAGCAGAGCGACAAAAGGCUCUCCGCGAGGCGACCGCAGCGCAAGCGGCCCGAUCAAGAGCCGCAAGACAAGCCAAAAUGGAAGACAUGAACGCAGCUGCGAUACCAGAAUGGGCGAAGUCAAGACCUGCCAAGGACGAACAUGAAGGAGGCUUCUCGAGCGAGUCUGAAGUCGAAGAGCACGAAUACGAUUGUGUGGUUUGUGAUAAGACCUUCAAGAGCGAGGCCCAGUUCAAGGCACACGAAAAGAGCAAAAAACACAUCAAGCUGCUGAAACAGCUGCAAAGAGAGAUGCAGGCUGAAGGUGCGGCUUUGGAGCUGGAGGCCGAGAGGUCAAGCCCACAACCAGAAAUCGUAGGGAGUGACGAGGAAGAAAGUCCAGCAGACCCCAAGUACACCACUCAGAAGUCGCAGGUAGUAUCUGAUGCCGAAUCCGAACACCAUGACGGCGACGCUUCUGACAACCCCGCGGAUAGUCCAGUGGUCAACGGGACGGCCAAGCCGCAGGAAGCUUUCGAGGAUUCUGAGGCAACCGACGACGAUUAUGCUCCACGGGCGGAUAUUACGCAACGAUUAGCAGCAGGAGCAGCCUCAGCAGACGAUAUACCCCUCGAACUGGGCAACAUGAGCUUGGAAGGCACGCCGAUCACAUCAGAACCCGAAGAGACAGCACAACCAAAGUUAGGCAAGGCCAAGCAGAAAAGAGCAAAGAAGGCAGCGCAAAAGUCGACAGAGCAACCUGACAAGGCUGUUUCGGAGUUUCAAUGCGCUGUCUGCAAGGCCGACUUCCCGUCCAAGACGAAGCUGUUCGCCCAUAUCAAGGACAAGAACCAUGCAGCCUUGAAGACCGAAAUCAAGGGGUCGAAAGGUGGGAAAGGAAAGAAGAGGUAGCCGCUCACAACUACAAGGCUCCCGGGACAACCCUGUUCAUUUUGAAUGUGAUAUGCAUAGCGCAGGCGUUUGGAGCGUACUAUGUCCUUAGGUCUUAGGAGUUCACGCAGGCAAUGGCCUAUCAUGAUAGCAUUUGAACCUUGCAAUACCCCAUUGUGUCCCUUGUAACUACUACAAGUAGUCAAUGGCUCGAUCUUCCUUUAAUUAGAG